AUGCCCUCGAAAAUCUGCAUUAUUGGAGCUGGUGCCGCUGGAUUGGUGACUGCAAAACAUGCAAUUAAGGAUGGACAUCAAGUGGAAAUAUUCGAGCAAACAGAUAAAGUUGGAGGAACAUGGGUUUAUUCAGAAGAGAUUGGAUGCCAUUCCAGUAUGUAUAAAAAUUUGAAAACCAAUCUUCCAAAACAAUGUCUGGAAUUUGAGAAUGUUCCGUAUCCAGAUGGUCUUCCAUCUUUUCUACCUCACGAGAAUGUUUUAGAGUAUUUAGAAAACUACUCCAAAGAAAUUUUGAUAUUCUUCAAUACAAAAGUAAUCAAUGUCACAAGAGAAGGAGAGAAAUGGAAGGUCACUACUUCCACGUACUCCGCAGAAUCUGAAUUCGUACAUUAUUACGACGUCGUUUUUGUUUGUAAUGGCCACUUUUUUGAGCCGUUCAAUCCGUUUGAAAAUGCAGAAUUCGAAGGAGAAAUGUUGCAUAGUCACGACUACAGAAGAGCUGAACAUUUCGAAGGAAAGAAGGUUGUGAUUGUGGGAGCAGGUCCUUCGGGAAUUGAUAUCACUUUGCAAGUGGCAAUGACUGCUAGGCAAGUGACUCUAAUCGGCACUCAUGCGGUGUUCCCUGUUGUCCUUCCCGGAACAGUUCGUCAAAUUCCGACUCAUGUGAAAAGCAUCUAUCCUGAAAAUAUAAUCACAGAUGAGGGCGAGAAUAUCACUGCUGAUGUGAUUAUAGUGUGCACUGGUUAUAAGUACAAGUUUCCCUUCCUAAACCCCUCUCUGAUCCAACUCAAACACAAUUCUCAAAUCGUUUCUCCUCUGUACCAACACAUUUGCCACGUGGAUUAUCCUAAGACCUUUUUUUUAUUGGUCUACUUCAUCUAG